AACAGUCAACAGUGUGGGAGACGGAGACAGCGGAAAAGAGAGCAGCAAACUGUGACAGAAAGGCAAACAGAACAAAACCAAAAAUAGCGGAAUCUCUGGAUACAGCCAAGCUGUUUCUUUGAAAGGUUUAUAAAAGGCACCUAGGGAUUGGAAGGUUUGACUUCUGAACGUCAGCCAUGAUCAGCCGCAACUUCAAGAAUGUGCUGGUGGUCUCUCUCGGGUUCCUGUCUCUGUUCACAGCAUACGGGGGCCUACAGAGUUUACAGAGCAGUCUGAACGCAGAGGAGGGGAUGGGUGUGGCAUCUCUGAGCGUCAUCUAUGGCUCCAUCAUCAUCUCCUCCAUGUUCCUGCCUCCCAUCAUGAUUAAAAAUCUGGGCUGUAAAUGGACCAUAGUCGCUGGCAUGGCCUGCUACGUUGCCUACUCCUGUGGAAACCUCUAUCCAGGAUGGUACACCCUUAUCCCCACCUCAGUGAUCCUAGGUCUGGGUGGCUCUCCUCUGUGGUCAGCCAAAUGCACCUACCUGACCAUCUCCGGUAACGUGCAGGGCGCCAGAGAGGGCAAAAAGGGCUCGGAUGUCAUCAACCAAUACUUUGGCAUCUUCUUCUUCAUCUUUCAAUCAUCUGCCGUGUGGGGAAACCUCAUGUCAUCACUCAUCUUUGGACAGGACAGCAAUAUAGCUAACAUCCCAGAGGAGCAGCUACAGUCCUGUGGAGCCGCUGACUGUGGCCUUAAUGUCAGCGUCAACAGCAACACCACCCGACCUGCACAGGAGCUGGUGUGGACGCUCGUUGGCUCCUACAUCGGUGUGGGUGUGCUGGCCAUGCUCAUCGUGGCAGUGUUUCUGGACAACAUUGACCGGGAGCAGGCCAGUCAGUUUCGUGGCAAUCCGGAGCCAUUCUGUCACACGUUCCUGGCCACGUUCAGGCUGCUGAAGGACUGGAGGCUGGUGACCCUUAUUCCUCUCACCAUGUACAGCGGCUUUGAACAGAGCUUCCUCGCUGGAGAGUACACCAAGAACUACGUGACAUGUGCUUUGGGGAUUCAUUUUGUUGGCUUUGUGAUGAUGUGUUUCGGAGCCUCCAAUUCUGUUUGCUCCUUCCUCUUUGGAAGACUGGCUCGGUACACUGGCAGGGCUGCACUCUUCCUCUGGGCUGCUCUGGCCAACUUUGCCUGUAUCAUUGCUCUCUUGUACUGGAGGCCUCACCCUGACCAGCUGCCGGUCUUUUUUGUAUUCCCUGCUCUGUGGGGUAUGGCAGAUGCCAUCUGGCAAACUCAGACCAAUGCUCUUUACGGGAUCCUCUUCCCCCGAGACAAAGAGGCAGCAUUUGCCAACUACCGUAUGUGGGAAUCUCUGGGAUUUGUUAUCGCCUUCGCCUACAGCACCUUUUUAUGUCUGGAGUAUAAACUGUACAUCGUGCUGGCUGUUCUGCUACUGACCUGCAUCACCUACCCCAUAGUGGAGCUCCAUGAACACAGGAAUCCCACACCACCUGUUGAAGAGAGCAACUACCUAGGUCCCAAGAAAACCAUAGAAAAACAAGAGAGCAAGGUCAUUGGCGAGACAAAAAUGUAGAGACUGAAUUUCAUGUUGAUUCUUGUUUUAUUUUGUUUGCUUUUACAUUGUGAUCUGGACAUUAAGCUGCCAAUCAUUGAAUUGUUGUGAGAAUUCUGGGGACAGAUCAGAAACAAGAGUACUUAUGCUGAUCUUUACAAGCUCCAGUGAACUUUAAGAUGAACUGACGUUUGCCCUUCGUGGAGAAACGCAGCCUAUUCAUUCAUUUGAAGGACAGAUGUGCCUUUAUGCAGUGGAGUUCGGCACCAGGUGGGGCUCUGUCAAAUGUAGCAUCAUGCAGAAAAAGUCAGAUCUGGUUCUGCUUUUUCUAUAACUCACAUCUGGUGGGUUAGUUUGUAACGUGAAGGCUGUUUUUCUGCUGUUUAUAUUGAUAAUGUCACGACCAAAGGUAAAACAGCUGGUGUUGUGAUAACUUUCCAGAGUUGGAUAACGCUGUCAGUAUUACAACCUAGUUUGGGCUUCUAAUAAGUGCUUAAACCUAUAAAUCCUCCCCUCAAACUGGAUUUCUCACAUCGUACUUCAUUGUCCCACCAGUAUAUGAAACAACAUGUCCUCAAACACAAUCCUCUGUACUGUGCUGUUUUUGCUGCGACUUCCCCGAAACCCUCUUUUCCCUUUGUGGUAGAGGAACACAAAUGGCAAUGUGACAUUUCUGAAACAAUAAUAUUGCAUGUUCUUCCUGAAUGAGUCUUUGUGGCUUUCUCAAAUAUAGUAUUUGGUGUUUUAGCACAGUUCUUCAUCUGUGAAGCUGAAAACAACAGGACGAAUGGGCAAGAACGGGAGUGUGUUUAAGCUUUAGUCAGUAAAAACUGUUUAAUCCAACAGCGUAUUGCUGAAAAACAAAACAUUUCUGCUAUUUGUCAUGACCACUAAAAAGUCUAGUGAAACUCAAAACAAACUGCUGCGUCUCCCCUCAUAGAAACAACCUAAAUUACAGAUGCCAGGUCGGGACAAACUGUACAAAACACAGCCACCACUCCAAAGCAACUGUGCCGGGUCCAGGGCAGCACUGCAGCGGGUUGAAGGGACAGUCCUGAACAGGGGCCAACAAAGCCCUUACGUUACACAAAGCUUCUUCUUCUUUU